GAAAGGCAAGAAGGCUUUGGAGGAUACGAGGGAGCGAAAAGCAGAGAUUUUUCGACCGUGGAGCAUAUGAUUACUCUGGUCCGAAUGAAAAGAGACUAGGAUUUGCAUCUCUCUGGUCUGGGUCACAACUACGGGCGGAUGAAGUCGUGGAAGUGGGACGACGUAGAGAAGAGGCUCGUGAAGAUGGGGGUGACGAUUCUAAUGCGUAGGAAGGUUGUCGAUCGAGGGAAGAAAUGGGACAACCUUUACCAACAGUUCAAAUUUGUGCACAGAUUCAUAGGAGAAUCCAGGAAGCACAAUUUCUUCAGACUCACGCUGGCGAAGAGGAAGGAGUGCGGGUUCGACUUUUGGAUGGUGGAGCGUGUGUAUUCGGAGAUGAAGGCUAUGUCGAAGGCUGAUCACACUAUCCACCCGACGAAUCUCGCGGACACGGGUGUGGCUGGAGGGUUUGAGAUGCCAGGGGCAGGUGGCGGUCGGAACGAAUCCGUGGCUAUUGAGGGAUGCGGGGAUGGACAGGACGAUGAUCAGGUAUCGAUGAGGGAUUUCACGUUCAGCGGUGGUAGUGGUUGCGGGGGUGGCAAACAGAAGAAUGUUAGACAACAAACCUUUGAAGCGAUCGCCGACGUCAUGGAUAAGCACGGGAAGCUGAUGGCGACGACGGUGGACAACGCGAGCAAGAGGCAGUGCUCAGUUCUCACGAGGCAGUGCGACAUUCUCGAAACUUAAAGAGAGGUGGAGGUGCAAAAGGACCACUAGGAGAAGGCUGACCAGGUGAACCUCAUUAUUUGCAACGCCCCUUUGGAGAUUGCGAAAGCGAUCCACGAG